AUGCAGAAGACCGCAGCAUCCAAGCCUGCAGCCACGAAACGCUCAUCAGUCCCUCCGCUCAAACAGACAACCCAGUCUGUAGCCACGACAAGCGUCUCAGUGACACCAUCGUCGUCCGAACAUAAUUCCUCGACCUCUCCAAGCCCUUCGGAACAAGCUCAGCCGUCCAACUUCCACAUCAUAUCGCAUAUCCCAGCCCCAGUCCCAGCAAGUCACCUGGAUGUGGCUACAGAAUCACUAUCGUACCAAGGAAAGAGUACAGAGGCAAAAUCAGAGGUUUCUUCCUCCUUGGCGGUUCUGCGCUCAGGCGCAGACGCUGCAGCCACGGAUCAACCACUUUCGAGAGCCAAACAACCAUCCAAAGUGCUCAAUAUCUACAUCUGUCCUUAUGUAGAUACAGGGACUUGUAGCCACAAAUCAGGCCCGUUCCACUCGUUCCGUGGCCUCGUCCAACAUAUCGGCAAGUUUCACGCGAACGAAAGCAUCGUCUCCUACGAAGAAAGCACAAUUGAGGAUGAUACACGCAAGAUCCCUCGCCCCAAGAGUUGCGGCGACCUAUAUGUCACCCACCAGCAGGCAAACCAACAUGCCAAAUCAAGCGCAUGCACAGCAAGUGUACAUACGAACCUGACCUGUGCUUGGAAGCCCUUUAAUGGAUGCAAGAAGACUUCUGCUGACGCCAAAGGUCUAGCUAACCACGCUAACAGCCAUCGAAAGGACGUUCGUAGCCCUUGUGAAUGUUCACAAGAUGGCUGUGGGCUCCUUCACGCGGAUCUUUACAAGUUGGCUAUGCACGAAGAGCGUUGCACGUAUAGACAUGUAGCCACGAGAAGGACCUGCUACCCCCCCCCCGCCGAGAGCGGCACCCCGCCAGCGCUGAUCAUUAUCAACCGAAGUUCAUCACAUCCACCGAAGAGCCGGGAGGCUGGCCCAGCAAAAAUCGAGAAAGACCUGCCUCUUUUUGGCAAGAGUAUUCUUGCAGAUUACGUGACAAUGAGCGGCCUAAAGAUAGGCCCUGCUGCUCUCCAUUCCUGCUCGAACUGUUCAACACGCGAACUCCCUGCCGUGGCGGUAGAUAAGAGUAUCUUUGGGGACAAUCUCCAUUUGCGCUUGUCGCAUCACCGCGCGUUCAGCUUCGCACAGGCCAUUACCAGAGACAUCCAAGUCGCAAAUGAGGCCGGCGUCACACCUACUCUUCUGUCAGUGGGCCUCGACGGCUGGGCCGGUGACGAGAGGAAGCUUUUUCCGUGGCUAUAA